AUGGUUGAAUCUCCUCCUGUCUCUCCCUCUCAUCCACCUCUGGAUGCUCAAUCCAAUGGAAACUCUAGACUUGUUUUAGAUCCUUACAUUAUUCACCCCAGUGAUAACCCUGCCACUGUUUUGUUUUCUCCUCUUCUUCAAGGAGAUAACUAUGGUUCAUGGGUCCGAGGUAUUACCAAAGCAUUGAAUGCUAAAGGCAAAUUAGGCUUUGUUGAUGGAUCGUUACCUCCACCUGCUGAUGAUCUGACUCACCGAUGUUGGAAACGCUGUGAUGACUUGGUAGGCAGCUGGUUACUUAAUUCUGUGCAUCCAGACAUUCGAGCCAGUUGCCUAUAUGCUGCAUCCUCCCAUGCAAUCUGGAAAGACUUACAAGUAAGGUUCUGUAUCUCCAAUGCACCAAUUCUUUUUCGUCUUAAAUCUGCUAUUGCUAGCAUUCGUCAGGAAUCAAUGCCAGUCUCCCUUUAUUACACAAAAAUAAAAACUCUCUGGGAUCAGUAUGACUCCUUGGUAGCCAGCACAGAAGCUUGCAUAUGUGGUGCUGGAAAAUCUAUGCUUGAACGAUUGGAACGGGAUCGUGCAAUGGAGUUUCUCCAAGGCCUCCAUGACAGAUUCUCCAAUCUUCGCAGUCAGAUUCUGACAAUGGAACCAUUUCCUACUGCCUUGAGAAUUUUUAAUCUUGUCCAACAAGAGGAAGAACAACAAAAUAUCACUUCCAUUCCUAUGCCUACUGUCGACUCUGCUGCACUCAACACCAACCGCCAUUUUCCUUCUUCUUCUCGUUUAUCUACUAGUCAGCACAAGCGUCAGAGGCCCCAUUGUGAUUAUUGCAACAAACAUGGUCAUGUUAGAGACAAAUGUUAUAAGCUGCAUGGUUUUCCUGCACCAGUUCCUAAUCCUACAGUUGCUGCUGCAGCAGCCAUGCCAUCUGACUCGGCUACCAAUAACCCAGUUCUUCCAUCCUUAUCUGCUGAUCAAUAUGCUAGGCUCCUAGCACUCAUUAAUCCUCCAACGGACCCUUCUCAGCUGGAACAUCGUGCCAAUUUUGCAGAUAGUGGCGCUACACACCAUAUUUGCAAUUCUUUACAGUUUUUUACUUCAUAUAUGCCUGUCACUUCCUUAAUUCAAAUGCAAUUACCAGAUGGUUCCUUCUCUGUGGUUAAGCACAUUGGUGAGGACCGAGUCACCCAGAGAGUGAUUGGUCAGGCUAGCCUCAUCUCUGGAUUAUAUCAUCUUCAAAUUCCUCAACAGCAGCAAUCAUCGCCUACUGCCUUAUGUAAUGAUGAUGAUGAUCAAGGAAAUCCACCUACUAGAGGUGGUAAUGAUGAUGAUCAAAGUAUCCCACCUGCUGGAGGAGGUAAUGAUGGUGGUGAUAACAAUGAUGAUGUGUGA